AUGGCCGCGGUAACGAAUUUGACUCCUGUUCAUUUCUUCUCUCAUGGCUCCUCAAUGAUGCUUGGGGAAGAAUCCGAUAGUGCAACAUACUGGGGAAAAUGCGGCGACAAAGCUCUAGCAAAAGGGAUUAAACAUGUGGUAAUGAUGGGAGCACAUUGGGCAACUCUCGGCAACGAAAUCGAAGUCGCCUCGAAUUCCCUUCCAGGAAAAUCUCCAGUGGCCUAUGUGCAUCCGUCAAAAUACGUUCCAUACAAAUUAAAUCCUGACAUUCAUAUGACAACUCGCUGUGUUGAACUUCUGAAGAAGAAUGGGCUCAGAGCGAAGCUCAAUGAUAACUUUGCCAUGGAAUCUCCCCCAGAUGCCGCAAUGCUCGAAUGCCGCCAAGAAUUCGAAGGUGCAAUGACCAAGAACCCCGGACCAGAAUUGCGAAGAGCAGUGACAAUGUUAAUGAAAUUAUCUAAAUAUCGUGAUGCGCGUGGCACAGAUGAUCAUUUUAUGGCUGCAAUGUUUGUGGCCGGGCUUUGUGGGGACUUUGAGGAUCGGGGGACUGUUGCUGUGAUGGGGGCGGAGGAUUGGGAGCUGAGGAAUAUGUGUAAUAGCCAAUAUACUUUUGGCAACUGGGGAUCUGGGAAUCUGAGAAUAACGGGCAAAGCUCAGGGUUUAGGUGCUUUUGGGGGAGCAUGA